UGCACUAUUAUAUGAUGAAACAACAGAGUCAUAUAAGUGGCUUUUUGAAACAUUUCUGGAGGCACACAAACAAAAAAGACCCCAAACAAUUUUUACUGAUCAAGACCAGGCAAUGGCAAAAGCACUAGUUGAGGUUAUUCCUGAAACUUACCAUGGCUUAUGUACAUGGCACUUGAUGCAGAAUGGCAUCAAGCACUUAAGCAAUUUAAUGAAGGGGGAAUCACAUUUUCUUAGUGACUUUAAGAAAUGCAUGUAUGGCUAUGAUGAUGAAGAACAAUUUGAGGAAGGUUGGAGAAACCUCCUUGAAAAGUUUGAUGUUAAGGAAAACACUUGGUUGCAAAGAGUGUAUUCUGUGAGGGAAAAAUGGGCAUCUUGUUACCUGAAGAAGGCUUUCACAUUGGGAAUGCGAAGCACCCAACUUAGUGAAAGUGUGAAUGCUGAUAUUAAAAGUUUUAUCAAUGUGAAUUUGGAUCUUAUCAAGUUUUUUAAUCGUUUUGAGGAUGUUGUAGAAGAAAAACGGUAUAAUGAAUUGAAGUGUGAAUAUGAAGCACGUCAAAAAAUUCCAAGACUCAAGAACCCAUAUUCUGAUAUCUUGAAACAAGUGUCUGAGCUUUAUACUCCUACU